AUGACGCGGAAGCCGGCGGCGCAGCAGCGGGGCGUGGGCGUGGGCAGCGCGGGCGCGGGGGUGAUGAGGACGCUCAAGCGGGGAGCAUGGACGCCGGAGGAGGACGAGCUGCUGUCGCGGGCCGUGGCGAAGGAGGGGGAGGGGCGGUGGCGCACGCUGCCGCGGCGCGCGGGGCUGCUGCGCUGCGGCAAGAGCUGCAGGCUCCGCUGGAUGAACUACCUCAGGCCAGACAUCAAGCGCGGGCCCAUCGCCGCCGACGAGGAGGACCUCAUCCUCCGCCUCCACCGCCUGCUCGGCAACCGGUGGUCUUUGAUCGCCGGGCGGCUGCCUGGGCGCACGGACAACGAGAUCAAGAACUACUGGAACUCGCACCUCAGCAAGAAGCUCAUCGCGCGGGGCAUCGACCCGCGGACGCACACGCCUCUGCCCGGAGCAGCAGCAAGCCUCCACUCCCACCGCGCCGACGCAGCAGCAGCAGCGGCCGGUUCAGCCGACAAGACGCCGCCACUGCCGGAAAUCGAGCCACGGUUUGCGCCGCCGCCGCCAGCGCACCCGAGCUCGUCGUCCGGCGCCGGUGUUGGCGGCGACUUCGCCACCAGCAUGGUGGGUUUCGGCGUCGAGGGCUUCGAGGGAUUUGGUGAUCCGUUCUGUGCACCAGAUGUUGCAGCUCGUGGCGGGUUCGGCUUGGAUUGCCCCAUCGUGGACGAUGCCACCUUCUCCUCGUUCCUCGACUCGUUGAUGAACGAGGAGCGCAUCGCCGAUUACUUCGGCGAUCACAAGGAUGCUGAUGGUGAGAACGAUCAGGGUGGAGCUUAUUAG